GUAAUCUGAUGUAAUAAAUAGUCAUACGGAAAAACCGCGAUCGCGCGCUCAUUUCUCGUGCAAAGUCUCGCAGCGUUUGUCGUCGUUUAUAAAUCGAGCGUGCACGUGUUGGCUUUUUGAUAUCAAACUUGGAAAAUGAGAGAAAUGGUAUAUUUACGUAAAAGAGCGAAAAGAGAUGUGAUGGAACGAGAGAAAAUUUCGUCCAAUAUCAUACGUUCGCCGUCACUGGCGAAGCGCUCGCGCUUCGUCAAACGUCAAGAACACCGCGAUGUGGCACGUGCGCGCGUGCGCGAUCGGGAUCUCUCUCCCCACCAUUGGCCGUUCCGUCCGCCGUGCUCGGCUGUGUUCGGCUCGCCGCUCGACGGUAAACAGCUGGCGACGCUCCGCGUUAGUUGGUGCGCAACGUCGAACGGGGCUGCGCGGAGUUGGGCCGUCUCUCUCUCUCCUACCUGCUCUAAUCUUUCCUUUUCGCGUCUAAUUAUAUAUUCUCGACCGACGCAUUCUUGGCCGCUGUCCAACUACUAGUCUCUGGCCGUUCGCCUAUAUCGACGAGAGGAAACGGAGCGAGCUGCGUCGUUGUGGAAAGCGGAGUCUCUUUGUUCGGUGCGACGCGAAGGUUCUGCGCAUAGACUGUGCGACGACGGAGGCGCAGCAUCGUAGCAUCGUUUGUGCGUCGUGGGUGCGCGUGUGUGUGCGUGUGCGUGUCGCUCGAGGUACUUUCGUCGCCCCUCGUGCGUAAGACGGGACGGGAUAGCCAAGAAUAGGCGGCUAUUAAUAUUAAAUCUACAUUGUGCAUCGUCCUAUAAAUCGUAGCGUAAAUUUGCCACCAACGUCUUUGUGAUCGUCGCCAACGUGAACGACAGUGUCGCUCGUGUCGAGGAAAGAGGAAGACGGAGAAGCGCGAGCGCGAGUGCGAGAGCGAGAGAGCGGGAUCGCAGUCGCAGUCGUGGAACGCGGCGCGCGAGUGCUUUGUUUUGUCGAGCAGCUGAUUCGAGGCGGCUACGUGACGGUAAACGCGAUACGCACGGCGUUCGCCGCGACCCGCGACGCCAGAGGAAUCGGCCGCCAGGCGCGCGCGCGUUUUCCGGAAAAGUUACGUCGCGUCGACGCUGGGAAAAGCGCGUCGUCGAUCGAGUCGAUACGUCGUCCUGGCUCCGCUGUCACGAAUCGAUCGUCGACGACGGCUCCACGGACUCGGAGGACGAGAGGAGGCGGUCGAGGAGGUAAAAAACGAAACGUAUCGAUAUUUGUUCGAUGGAUCUAACCUAACCUCGUAAGCCCCGAAACUCGCUUUCUCUCUCGAACUUUCGCUCUCUUUUCGAGGAGAUGCGAAGGAUUUUGCACGCCUGCCGCGAUGUUAAAUGUCCGAUGCGUUUGUAGAACGAUCGUGCUCGAUAAAGACGACGCGAUUCGCAAGCUGCAUCGCGCCAAGAUUAUAACCUGAGGUACGUACGAGGUCUACGAGGCGACGCGAUCGACCGGUGUUUCUCGCCUCUGUAGGUAGAAGCGGGAGCGAGUUUGGAACAAAGAACAAGGUCCCGUUUUUUACUCCGACCCGCACUUUUUCCAAGAAUCUUCCGCGAUCGUAAAGGGGAGCAAAGGGGAGACGGAAUUUCUCUCUCGACGAUCGAGAGUCGAAACCUUGAAAAAGAUUCUCGGGCAGUUACGAAAGCUAGGAAAGCCCGAUUAAAAUUUCAAGUCGUCGAGAAAUCUGGAUGAUAUCGCGCGACCCGGGACGUAGCGGGAUUUCGUCUCGAGAGCAACGUCGAGAAUCGCGUUGAUCGAUGCGGCAUAGUCUCGGGGGGGCCGUCCUCGCGAACGAUCAAGAACGUGGGGUACGGCCCCGAUCGAGCUGACUAGGGGAACCGUCGAGGCCGCGGGCCUCCCCUGCCGCUGACGGGGCCCGUGCCGAGAAGGAAGGCGAAUACAUCGAGAUAAACACACUUCUGUCGUUGGCUACUUGACCGGCUCCACGAUGCUCUACAUCUUCCACGUUGAUACCGGCACUACCAUCACCUUCGACAUCAAGCUGGCUCUAGAAAGCGUGAGCCAGCUGAUGGAGGCGAUCGAGAGGGAAUGCGGCGUAGUAGCGACGCAUCAGGUACUGCUUAUGAGCGGAGGCGAGUGCCUAGAACCCAAUGCACGUGUAUGCUCUUACUCGGCUGGAACCGACACGAAUCCGAUCUAUCUGUUUAGCAAGGCUGCCAUUGAGAGUAGUCUUCCGCCUACACCGAGUAUAGAUUACGGUUCCGAUGUGGAUCUUCAGACCCAGAUCGAUGCUUCGCUGGCAAUGCCGGCCACCUAUCAGACUCUUUGUGCACGUGCCCAUCUGGCUCAACAAUGUUGUGGUCUGGCACGAGAACAGACAAGAAUCUGCGAGAAGCUAGUUCAUGAUCAGCAUCUUCAACAGCAGGGUUGGGCUGCGGUAGUUGCAAAUCUCGAAGAUAUCACACAAAUGUUUCAAUCGCGAGCCGAGCAAUUCCAACAAGCCUUUGUUUUGUAUCUCGCUGAGAGGCAGCAACAUACGGAUCUCCUCGACAAUUUUAGUGCCGAUCUUGGUACUCUCGCAAAAAUUCCUAUUCUGCCGGCUUUGAGAGCCCAAGCGGAGGGCCUAUUGAGUCCGGAUGAUCAACCCAGUCAAUCUUCUGAGCCCGCUUCGGAGAAUCCCGGGGAAAUGCUUAGUCUGCUUCGAUGGAUCUCGGCUAAGGACAAUCAGAGCAGCCUAGAACAAGUGGCGGAUCAAUGUUCGCGUGGUUUAGAGCAAUUCGAUGAACGAUUGAUGGAAGCUUUGAAAGCCGAAGUAAACGCGGCCAUCGACAAUGCCAACAAGCAAGACAUGAAAGAAAUUAAGGGCUUGGGCGAGAGACUGUUCGCCUUAGAACAGCUAAUGGUGCAGACCAAGAGACUCGUUCACGAACAAGGCGAAUUGGCUCAGGGUUUUUUACAGAAUCAGAAUCGCGCGAGUAAUCUGGGCGAUGCAAGCGUCCUACCCGAUCUUUGCACUUCCCAUCGGCGACAAUUGCUCGUCAUGUUGCAGAAUCACAACCAGUUGCGCGAUAUCCGUCGCAGAUGUACCAAGGCGAAGGAGGAGCUCUCGGUGAACAUCUAUCAUCGUCUCAAAUGGAUAAUGUAUGUGGAAAAUAAGAUGGUAGAAGUGGGCAACAAGUUGAUCAUAUAUCACGAAAGCCUGAAACGAUUGAGGAGACAUCUGGAAGUACUCCAGCAGAUUCAUUUGGCUCCGGAAAUGUAUAUAAGCGCGGUAAUUGAAGUGGUAAGAAGGCGCACGUUCUCGCAAGCUUUUCUCGUAUGGGCCAGCAAUUUGGCUUGCCAGUUGUUGACAGUUCACAGCGAAGAGCUAGCACGUAGACGAGAGUUUCAGAGCAAAUUCAACGGUCACUUUUUGAACACCCUCUUUCCGGGCCUGGAGGAUACGCCGCCGCCUUUCGCGACGCAAGCACCUUCCGUUUUUGACAACGGACUGCCCAAGCUGACCGCGGAUGACAUGGAAUCAUUGAGGUCACAGCUUCCGGACUUGGCAUUAACCAUCUCUACGCCCGAUUUAAACAACAUCACACAUUUCUUUUUAUCCAAAAGCUUUACCGAGGGCAGCAGCGACGAUAUUAAGGGAAAGGAUGCUACAUCGGUGAGCAUUCCAGCGAAGGAACAAGAACGCGGUAGAGCGCCAAUGUUGUCCGACAGAGGGGACUUUGAAUCCGAAACAGAUACAGAGGAGUUUGAAAAGAUCGGUCAGGCCGGCGCUGACGCGACCAAGCCCGGCGUGUUCGAGAGUGCGAAACAGAAGCGGCAAAAGCAAUUGGAGGUUGGUGCUUCACGAAGCGUGUCCCCCGCUUCGUCGACCUCGACUAACGUCUCCCCGUUAAAUUCAAAAGUCGCGGAUCUAACGACCCGUUCGUCCACGUCAAGCGAACCUGGUUCUUUCCAAUUUCCCAGCCUGUCCGCCGUGAGUGAGCGCCCAGUGCAACUGAGUCCGCUGACUGAGUGCGUGGAGAAUGGCGCUGUUGAUUCCUCUGUCUGUUUGUUCCGUAACGGCGCGAGUGGCUUCUCAAACUAUCGCGACGCUUUACCACUCGAGGAGCAGCAUUCCUUGAGUCCGAAUCCCUCCUCCUUGCCACGGUCCUCCGUCAUGUGCGACGACCAGCAGCAUCAUUAUCAUCAUCCGUUGUCCGGUAGCGGUGGUAGCAGUCCCUCUGUCGGCGUAGGCGCUACCGAUUUUAUGGGUACUGAGUUUUACAUGGACGAAUCUCUGCCGAGCAGUCUCAGUGAGCAUCCUGCCGACGGCCAGCAUCAGGCUAUCAUGUCCCUCCUUCAGGAAAAUCUCGGUAAUACUCGCGAGGAAGUGGAAAGGUUGCAAUCCAUUCUAAAAACUAUGAAGAUAGUUGUAUGCGAAGAAUUGAAUUUCGUUCGGAAGGAAUUGACGAGUCUGCGAGAGCGAUCCAACAAGGACAAGAGCGGUUUCGCCGAGAUGACGGAGCGCAUGCGAGUGGCAUUAUCUUUAUACUCGCGAGAAUGCGAUCGACGUCUUCAAGAGCGCGAGCAAGAAUUGACGCUCGAGCAUGAGUUUGAAAUAACGGAUGUCAAGAAGCUGAUACAGAGCCACGAGGAAGAAAUUUGCACGCUUAAGCAUAAUCUUCUAGAAAAGGAGACAGAAUUAACGGAGCACGAACGACUGGUGGCCACAAUGCGUCAAAAGCUGGAGGACGAACAGAUUGAAAGAGGGAACUUACAGACUCGUCUACACCAGCAACUUGAGGAUUAUUCGAGAAUAUUGGAACAAGCGCGUAUAGAUAAGGAAGAGGCUAUGAAGAAGGCGAAUGAUGAGAAGUUUCUCGAGAUUACCUCUCUGACGAAUUCCUUGACACAAUGUCAGAAACGAAUUCAAGAAUUGGAAGAGAAUCUAAUCACUGCUCGCAACGAUCAGGAGAGAAUAAUGAAAGAGGUGACUGAUAAGUUCCAAAUAGAAUAUAAGACGGAAUUGGAAACCAUUCGAAGUCGCUUCAAAUUAAUGGCCGCUUCCACCAUGGAAAGGAGUCCUAGUGAUUCUAGUUUAGAAAGGAUCGAGCGGACAGAUGUUAUCGAGCUGGCGAAUCACGAGGCGAUUUUAGAGCAAGCAAAGGAAGAUAUGAAGGUAGAAAACGCCAUGGCAGUUCGUACUGCUAUAGAAAAGGAGAGGGCUGAUUGCAUGACAAAAUUGGAUAACGAAUUAAAAUUGGCAAAGGAAGUAGUUGAAGAGAAAAAUAGAGAGAUUGAGAUGUACAGAGUAAGAACAGUUGCGUUGAUCGAACAGGGCAAACGUUACAAGAAUAUGAUGGAUCGAUUAAUUGGAGAAUUUGGAUUGACAUCGGAUAUACAGCAAACGAUAAAAGAGAAGGUGAAAAAUCUUGAAACAGACAAAACAUGGUUGGAAAACAAAGAGACCGCGGAGAAGACAAUGCAAACGGUCAUGGAACAAAACAAAGAUACCCUAUACCCUCUGGAAUCUGAAGCAUGCAAGGAUUUGACCUACAAUCGGUUAGAUGGCAGUCAAGUCGAUCUGGAGAAAGUUUUCAAGGAUCUAGAAUCCGAAAAGUAUGAAGAUGAGGUCUCGGAAUCAAAGAAAGUACGAUUAGAGGCUAAUGACGAUGAUUUGGCUCAUCUAUCGAGACGACUUGAGAUUCUCGAGAACGAUAACAAGAGACUGUCUUGCGAACUGAGUUCAAUACGUGCGAGUAAAAUGGUAGUCGAAGCUAAAGUAGAAGCGUUAAUGACGGAUAAAAUUCGUUUAGAAAUUGAGUUGCUGAAGGAACGAGCCAAGAGAUUAUUUAGUAUCGACUCGUCAUUGUUACCCUCCGAAAAUCGUGAUAGAGACAUGAAUGCAUCGGUCGCGGUAGUUUCAGAUUCUAAUUCGAGUCGAGAUGCAGCUACGAGUCCAGAACCAAGUCGACGAUCAUCUUCCAAAUCCAUAUGCUUCCAUCCUUCCCUUCCCUCUUAUAUACAUAAAAAGGUCGCGGAAAAAGUGGCCAAGAUGGUGCAACAGGGGAUCGUCACCAUUACCAGUUGCAAUCCAGGUGAUGUGGUACUCGUAGUCUGGGACACUGUUCAUGGCAAUUAUGCAGUGUAUCAGGAAUCCUCGACUCUUUAUUUUCUUCAUUCAGACUACGUAGACGCACUGGACGCAGGAAUGAAUUCAAGCGGCUCUCGGAAAUGCAUUCUCGCCGAAGUGAUCGAUAAGGAAUAUUGUCACGCGAGAAAGCAUGAAAAUCGGUAUCAUGUCCCACGUGGCACGAAAUUUUACAGAGUGCGCGCUAAACCGCGAGAUGUACGCGCAUUGACAGAGGAAACGGGUUCAUUGUCAAAGAGUCAACUACCGUAAAUUUCAGACUAAACGUCGAGAAUCCCUUUGAUUCUUGCCUAGUACAAGCGCUGUGAUCGAGGAUUUGCAUCGGCAGGUCGCGUUUGUUACGAGACCAAUUACCCGGGACGCAAAUCCCGAACUUACGUCUCUGUAAACCAUCCGGAAACCUCUAGGCUAAAACCUGCCAGAGCCUUUAGACGCAUCCUUGACAUCGAUAAACAUUGGGGUGAUUAUCCAUAAUGAAAGAGGAGGAGGUGUGUGCAAAUUGGAUAAACGUGAAUUGAAGCAGAAGGAUGCGCCGGCGUUUUUUAUUGUGAUAUAAGUAAUUUUUAAACGAGUGAAACAUAUUUGCCGAAUGCUGUGGUUAACUGUGAAGCGUAAACGAUAUUUGUAUUCUUUGACUUUUCUUUUUCUAUAAAUGAGAAAACAAAGAGAUGUGAAUGCCGUCAACGAUUCUCUUUCAAUAAUUUAAUAGGCUGACCAAUAGAAUGAAAGACAGAAAGAGAGAGAGAGAGAGAGAGAGAGAGAGAGAGAGAGAGAGAGAGAGAGAGAGAGAGAGAGAGAGAGAUUGUUUAACUUCAAUAUUAAAUGUACGAUGCGAAAAGACGAAAGCAAGUCCCUCAGGCAACGUUCAGCUUUCUCUUUCCGCACUCCGAUAAUUAUCUUUGCAUUAUACGAAACGAAAAAAACGUAAUUGUAAGUUUUACAAAACCAGUAUAGGAGAAUGUGCGGUUUAUGUAUUAUAAAUACAUGUAUAAUCGCAUUAGGUAAAUAAUAUAUACAUAUGUAAACGUGUGUGUGCCCGCGCGCGUGUGUGUGUUGUGUGUAUAAAAUUAUAUAUAUAAAGAUCACAUAGUAAAUACAUACACACAACACACACCUACAUAUACACAUUAUUGUACGAAGCGUGCAAUAUCGAAUAUCUCACAGGUUCUAAAAGUGGGGCUAAAAUUUUGUAAGGAAAAAUUGUGUCUCGCGACUGUGUGUUGUGCAAUUUCGCAACUAUACCUAAUAUGUUAGGAUAUUUAUACAAAGAGACCGUGCUAUGCAACAUUGUAUAUUUCCGACGAUUCUUUUAACAAUGCCUUGCGUAGUUUUUGUCGUGCGAGAAUCGUCCUUUCACUUUUUUAUAUAUUUUCAGAUAUAUUCACUUUCACAUUUCUCCCUCUUCUCUCAUUAUUCACUUUCGCAGUCUCUUAGUAAAUAUCAACGAGGUUAAGAGAUACGUAAACGUAAGCCAAUGUUUCUAACGAAAUAAACAAAGGCUGCACAGUGUCGUUUCCAAUUUACUUACUUUAUAAGAAAAUGUUAGUUUAUAAGCAAUGCCCGUCGGAAACUCGACUCCGAAAAAGAGACAUGCUUUACGUAGGACAAAUUUUAAAACUGUACACACGUAAGUGUAUAUGUAUAUAUAUAUACCUUUUUCAAUUGUUUGACCGGUGUCCACGCGAGUAUACUCAUCGCUUUUACAUCAAGAGUCGCUUGCGCGGAGGAUCGUUCGAUUCGUAAAAGCUCUUUUAGUUGUAUUAUUUUGUAUCGUUAUAAAUAUUGUUAACUACUAUUGUUUCUCGUGACGCGUAACUCAUAGUACAGUACAGUACAAUAGCUGUGAUUGUUAGCUUCAUGUUCUACUUCACUUCUACUUAGUCACUUCUACUUAAUUAAAUUAAAUAAUUCCUCACGAAUGGCAUCGAGCAACGAUCCGUUCUUCGUAACCGAGAAUACAUAAGGGUGUAUAAACGAUAUAUUAUUUUCCUUUUCAUGAAAAGGAAUGCAAAUCUAAUUUUGUCCAUCUUCGAAGGGCGACGAUCAUUGUUCGCGACGAUUUCAAAUUGAUGCAAAUUCGGAAUGUCCAGUUUGCAAACGGUUUGCAAAAUAUGCUGAUACGUAAGAUAAACUGUUCGAUAGGAUAUUAAGUUAUCUAUGGAACUCCUCUUGAGAAAAGGACGUUUAGCGAAUGCAUAAAAUAGUAGCUAAUAAUAUUACUCUUUCGUCUUCAGUUCGCACGCGCAUUCUACUCUGCACACAUGUGCAUAAGACAAUGGGUUUUUAAUACCUAGGAGACGGAUGGAUGAAGCUUCCUUCCUUUCUCAGAAACAUCAUUUCUCUCUUCACUAUCGUUAUUUGUCGUCCGAAAUCGCAUACGAAGGAAAAAGAAUCUUCUACAUUGAAAUAAUACCACUGUCACGUGUAGAAAAGGAAAAUAAUGACAAUAGUAACACGUUUUACUGCCACCACGAUGAUGAAAAGUUCUUAAAAUUUGAAUUGUCGUACAAUUGAUCUUCGUAUGUGAUUUCCGCGUUAAUUUAGCUACGAUUCCUAUUAGACCAAACUUGUAUGCAAAUUUGAUAGCGGCAAAAAAAUGAUGAUGCACUGAAACUCCAGACACGAGGCUCAAAUAUCACAAUGCUUUCGACUGAAUAUUUUUCGGUUAAACUUUUGGGAGAGCGGGAGCGUUCUCUCUCUCUAUUUUUUUUUUGUAAAUAUAUUUUUAUAAAUUUACAUUUAUCAAAGACGUGUCUGUUAAAAACAAGCGAAAAUUAAUGAUUUAUUGCAAUAUAUUUAGAAAUACAUAGCGACUUUAUCGAUAUAAAAAACGAACACGGAGAAAAAGAGUAGAUUGUGUUUUCCUUUUUUGCAUGUACAUAUAUAUGCGACUCUAUUAUACUUUCAAAUAGCUACAUUUUGCUAUUAAGAUUUAAAUUUAAAUAUAUUCACAUUUGAAGAUUGACGAAAAACAAAAUUAUUCAAAAAGAUACUCAUCACUUUGAAUGGAAAGAAUGUUCUAUUGCUAUAAAUAUUUUGCUGUAUAGAUGUGUCCGCGCGUACGAUAUCGUGAUUUUUUACUUGUACUGGACUUGCAACUCGAAGAGUGGCGAGAAACAUUUAAUAUCAACAGACCGUCUUUCGACUCGUAUUGUUUAUUUUCACUAAGAAUCUCAAAGCUCUAUCUGUGUGCAACUUUGAUGUAAUUUUUUUGCAUCAUGUGAGAUAUAAGAUAAAGCGCGAUAGUGCUUUAAAAUGCAAUCGAUUAACUUUAAUUUCUUACUUUUAAAAGAUAUUAAACGAAUUCUUUUUCCCAAAAUGUGAUUGUGCACGAUUGCGUUAACUCUGACGAGAUAUCAAUUAGUUUCAAAAAUUAUUAUCUUAUUUUGCUUUUAUUAAAUUAAGAAUCUAAAUCUAUAUCAAAGCGGUGCGCCAGUGUAUCAUGUAAAUGUAUUAUUUAUUGAAAUAUUUAUAUGCUCGAUUAGAGAGUAAUCGAUUUUGCUUCAUUGAAAGUUCUAUUUUCAAUCAAUAUUGAAUGGCAUUGAUUAAUAUUGGUUAACUUGUAAAAAAAAGUAAUCGAGUAUCCAAAAGGAAAGGUUUCCAAGAUACAAAAUUGGCUAUUAUUAAGAACAAACAUUCGAAAAAAACACAAGUAUCAAAUAGCAUAAAGAUGUCGCUUUUACAUUUAUAACGAUUCCAAUUUUUAACGAGAUUUGUUUUUCUUGUAUGCCUAAAUAUAUAGCGGAAGAUCUUUGAUUUGGCUAAGUUUUUUAAAUAAUUGAAAUUAAUUAAUAAGAUAAAUGUUUUAAAAUUAAAUUAAAUUAAGGUUGUAUUACGUGCGCGUGUGUGUGAACGCACAUUCAUCAUGUGAAAGGGAGGGAGAGGGAGAGAAUGCGUGCAUACGUGUGUGUAAAUAAUAUACGGAGGAUUGUUUUAGAGGUAAAUUUUAAGAAGACAAGAACGCGCGAGAUCAGUUCGCGGCAUCUCCGUUGAUUUGCGACUAAAAUUGACUUUAAUUACUGAAUUAGAUUAAAUUGGCGAAAAGAUGCGAAUGGAGUACGUGGUUGGAUAUUUAAUUGAAUAUUUGAUACUUUCGUAAAAUUGAAAGAACUGCAGAAGAGCGAAAUUAAUUGUCGACUGGGGUAGAUUUCGAUGAAAUUUAAGGAUCAUAUAAUAACUAUAACUGUGUAUAAAAUAAAUUCGGUUUCUUUAUUCUGGUACUUUAUUCGGGUACUUUAUUCGGCUACUUUAUCGGCUACUUAA